AUGGAUCGCGCAAGGAAGCGCGAACUGCGCGCUUUGAACGACAAGGCAUGGGAUGGCGAAAAAGAUCUCUUCCCUGUUGGGAAGACGCUCGACUCGUCUCUCAAGAAGAAUACCGCUUUUAUUAAACGAUUGCGAACCGCCAUCACCGCUGCUACCCUCAGCACCUUCCUCCAGGAAAUCCGAACUCUCAGCUUGCACAAGUACCUCUCCGAGAUUAUAUCCGCCUGUUAUGAGGGACUAUGCAGGCUCAAGUCGCCCGGCGAGAUUGAGGCUGGCGUCGAGAUCGUCAGCGCUCUACACCAGCGCUUCGGUCCGAGCGAGUUCACGGAAUACCUAGCUUGGCUGCUUGGGAAGGGCAUGGCGACACCCGACAAGAGUAUCCUCAAAGCUCUGGCUCCCGAAGCUCGCGAGAAGGAAGAGAAGGAGCGCAUCACCCGCCAGCGCGCAUUGCUCCGUGUGGUGACCGAACUCUGGUUGGUUGGUGUUGUAAGGACUCUCGACGAUGUAAGCCGACCCGACGAUGCGACAAAGGGAGCAGCAGGCAAGGUCGCCGAACUCAAGACUCGGACGAACAAAGGUGCUGGCGCAGACCCAUUCCCAUUGGAAGUGCUUAAGGACCUUCUUGGAUACGAUCGCGAACACGCAAAUCUCCCGCUUCUCGUCAUCUUUGUCAAGUCAUUCAGCUGGGAUAUCCUAGGGGUCAAGCCGAGCGGUGCGGAUGGGCGAAAGACGGUUGAGGAAGACGGUACAACUGAGGGCAAUGAGGACACCAAUGAUGAAAAGGACGAAAGUGGAAUGUCUUCCGACUCAGACCAACCAUUUACCGAGCCCGAGAUGCGAGAGCGCUUCAGGAGUGUCCUCAAGAAGUACUUCGACGACGUCAAAGGGCACAUCACUCGAGAUCAAAAGUCGAUUCAGUCACAAGCUCGACGCAAUGCCGAGGCAUACGUCAAGUCUGGCGAGGUUUUUGAAGAUCGACAGGCAAAUUAUGAGAAACAGGUUAAGGCCCAGGAGCGCCUAGUUUCCAACGCCCAAGUUAUCGCAGAUGCCAUUGGGGCUGAGAUGCCUGACUUGAGGGAUUCGGACGACUCACUCGGCGCGUCCAAUGGGUCAAUCGGUCUAGUAAAGACUGGUGAUUACUUGCGCUCGAUGGGUGACGGAGCUGGUAUCUGGGAAGAUGAAGACGAGCGCCGCUUCUACGAAAACUUGGUCGACCUUAAGGGCAAGGUCCCGCCUAUUCUGCUCGAAGACGGCAAGAAGAAAAAGACCGACACGGAUGAACAAGUUGGCAAGAAGAUUGAUCCUGCCGAGGCCGCUGAGGCUGCCAAACCCGCUGAUAGUGCUGAUGAUCAGUCAACGGCAAUCGCCAACCGAACCAUUGGUGCCCAGGUUGAUGCUCUCCUCGCUCGCCUGCCAGAGCUGACCAACAAAGAUGUUGUCGACCAGACAGCGAUUGACUUUUGCUUCCUCAAUUCCAAGGCUUCCCGCAAUCGUCUUGUCAAGGCUUUGACCGAGGUGCCCAAGGGUCGAAGUGAUUUGCUUCCAUCGUGGUCUCGCCUUGUUGCUACACUUGGACGGUACAUGCCAGAUGUUCCCAAGGGCCUUGUCGACUAUCUCGAUGCAGAAUUCCGAAGUCUGCAAAGGCGAAAGGAGAAGGACUUCUUGGGCCAGGUUCGACUAAGCAACAUUCGGUAUCUCGCCGAGCUGACCAAGUUUGGCAUCGUCCCGGAACACGUCGUCUUUCACUGCUUGAAGGUCAGUCUUGACGAUUUCUCGCGCAUGAACAUUGAGAUUCUGUGCAAUCUCAUUGAGAACUGCGGUCGAUAUCUUCUUCGCAACCCUGAGACGGCUCCCCGUAUGGUGAGCUUCCUCGAGACUCUUCAGCGCAAGAAGUCUGUUCAGCACAUUGGACAACCUGAGCGUAUGCUCAUCGAUAACGCCGUCUACUAUGUCGACCCGCCUGAGAGACCGGCUAUUGAACAGAAGGAGCGGACACCAAUGGAACUCUUUGUUCGCAAAUUGAUCUAUGUUGAUAUGACCAAGAGAAAUUACAGCAAGAUCUUGAAGCAAAUCAGAAGACUCCACUGGGAAGAGACAGAGGUUGUUGCCAUUUUAGAAAAGGUCUUCUCAAAGCCUGGCAAGGUCAAAUAUGGCAGUGUCCAUCUCCUUGGAAUUCUGCUGAGCGCCCUCUAUCGCUAUCAUCCUGCAUUUGUUGUCAAGGUUAUCGACAACGUCAUCGAGUCCAUAACCUUUGGGCUAGAGCAGAAUGACUACAGAUUCUAUCAGCGACGCAUAGCGGAAGUCAAGUAUCUUGGCGAACUCUACAAUUACCGCAUGCUUGAGCACCCAGUCAUCUUCGACACCAUGUACAAGAUCAUGACAUUCGGAUAUGGUGGUCCGCCCAUCCCUGGGAAGUUCAACCCGCUUGAUCCUCCGGAUGACUUCUUCCGCAUUCGCCUUGUCGCAACUAUGCUGGAGACUUGCGGAAUGUUCUUCAACCGAGGUGCAGCAGGCAAGAAGCUGGACUACUUCCUCUCUUUCUUCCAGUAUUAUAUCUUCACAAAGGGGCCUCUGCCUAUGGACAUCGAGUUCUUGGUGCAAGACACGUUUCAUCUCACACGUCCGCAAUGGAAGCUCGCUGCUGGUUUGGAUGAAGCCGUCAAGGCAUUCCAGCUUGCUGUCGCCCAAGAUCAGAAGUCGGCAGGUGUUGACAAGACAGCCGAUAUGGAUGACGCCACUAGUGAUCCUUCGUCCGAUGAUGACAAUGGCGACAAUGAUGAUGUGGAUGGUGAUGACAACGACGAGAGCGCUUCCGAAGAGGAGGAUGCAGAUGACGUUGAAGAGGAGUCUGACAGCGAGAGCACUUUUGAGGAAGAAGCUAUUGUUGUCACUCGACAGGAAGAGGAAGUUGACCCUGAAGACGAGGCUGACUUUGAACGAGAGUAUGCCAAGCUGAUGGCCGAGAGUCUGGAGUCGCGCAAGUUUGAGCGCAAACAGCUCUUCGACGUGCCACUUCCAGUUCGAGCCAAGAAUCGCGAAACACCGUCCUCGGCGGAAGGGGCCAGCAGUGAAGCCCCUCCCAGCCAUACUAUGGCGUUCUCGCUACUCACCAAGAAGGGCAACCGGCAGCAGACACGAACUGUCGAGUUGCCAUCCGACUCGACUUUUGCGAUCGCUAUGAAGAACCAGCAGCAGGCUGAACGGGAGGAACAGCAGCGCAUCAAGAACCUGGUGCUCAACUAUGAUCUUCAGCAGAACGAAGAUCCGGAUGGUGGCAACGAACGGCCGGCGACGUACUACCACAACCGUCUGGAAAGGUCGAACAAGGACCGCGGGCAAAGGUCCAGGAAACUUCAGCUCAGCGAUGUCGAUUGGUAG